CUCGUCUCUGGUCUCUCUACCGCAGUUGCUCACUUUCAGCGAGUCUUUGUCUGUGAAAGAAGCUGUUUGUGAAAACAAGCUGGACAAGUACAUAGAGAUACCAGCGAGCUAGCAACAGCGACAGCGACAAUGGCUCCCUCCACACCCCCAAAACUCGAGAACCUAUUCUUCGACGACGACGACGAUGAGGAAGAGGAGAACAACUCUGAUGGCGGCAGGAGUGUUGCGAGUACACCGAAAUCAGCACGGUCGACGAGAUCGACAUCUUCCUCGCAACAUACCUACGGCGGAAGCGACAGCGACGCGCUAUUAACCCCGCGCACUCGUGUGCGAAUGAUGAUGGCCGGGUCAAGUCUCGACGACGACGACAAGGAUGAAGAUAGUGACGAGAGCAACGCCGGUGCAGACGAGAGCGAGGCUGAUAGCGAGGCUGAUAGCGACGCCGGAGAGGGUGCGGGAGAAACAGAUGUGCAAGAGAAAUAUAAUCUUGCGCGGCAAAGAAUGAGAGAUUUGCUGAAGCGGGCGACGAAGACGCGUCUGGCGUCGCCGCCUACGCCUCCGGAGUUUGAUGAUGAGGUUGUUGAUUGGGUCGAUGGUCGAGGAGAUGAAAGUGAGGGUGGAAGUGAGAGUGAUGUGCAUCCCGGAUUUGAAUUGGUAGACGAGAGCUCGAAGUCGCCGUCGCCGCGGGCUGCAGCCAUCGUCGAACCCACCCCAGCACCAGCACCAACAACCACAACCACAACCACAACCACAACCACAACCACAACAUCAACCUCAUCUCUGUCCGCCGAAUCCCUCCUCCGCAUAAAACGCCACCUCGAAAAAUCCCGCAUCGACCUCGGCCCGCUCUCGAAAGAAACCAUCGCGGAGGGCGAAAGCGACUCCGACUACGAAAGCGACACAAACUACGACGAAGUGAUACAGCGGCGCGAACGGCGACUUGCGCGCGCGUUGCAAGAGCUUUCGUCUUCUGAUGAUGAUGAGGAGGGAAAUGGGGAUUCGGAUAAGGAGAAUAGAAAGCCGGUGAGGCAGAGACGGAGGAAGACGUUGGGGAAGAAGAAAGUUGAUGAGCGUGAACCGGCCCAGAAAGGCGUGGCCCGCGUGAAAGGCGUCACGCGAAGAAAGAAGAGGGCAUCGAAACCAAACCCGCCUUGCCGUCGCCGCGCCUCCCUAUCCGGCUCUGACCUCGACGUGAUUGCCGGCGCAGCAGCCCAUCAUCCAAGCGCCUCCGACACCGCCCUAUCCUCCGACGACCUCUCCGACCUCGCAGACCUCACCAAGUCCUCUUCCUUCGCCGACGACCUGCGCAAGCGGCGCCAGGCGCGUCUGUCUGCGGAAGCGAAACGGCGCGCGGCGGAGCUGGAGCGGGUGAAGCUCGAGCGCGAGGUGGAGGAGAUUGACGAGAAUGACUUUCUGGAUAGCGAGGAUGAGUUUUGGGACGCGAGGAAGCCGAGGAAGGCGAGUAAGAAGGCGAUGGAGGAGAUGAGCAGAGAAGCUGCUCGCGUUGAGCGAAGUACGUCCAUUUCACCUCCUUCCUUUCUCCUACACAUAACAUAUUUGAGAUACUAACAACUACAACUCUAGACCGCCAACUCGCCCUCCAACCCGUCACGGUCGGCAAAAUCAGCAAAGAAACGCUCUUUGCAAAGUUCGCAUUCGACGCAAACGCCACCAGCGGCAAAUACAAAGUCGAACAACCUACUGCUGCUGCUGCUGCUGCUGCAUCCUCCUCGCCGUCAAAGGGUGCAGACGGGGUUCUCGACAGCGACGAGCAUAGUGCGGAUAGUACGCCUGCGACGUCGCCUGUUAAGCGGCAGAGUCCUGGGAAGCAGCACUUGAAUCAUGAAGCUACCUCUGCACCCUCGGUGGCGAUUGAUCCAGGCCAGAGUGUCGAGUCUGAUAGCGACAUUUUCGAAGACGAUGACGGGGAGGAAUUUGAUUUGGCAAAGAUG